UACAGCCUCUUUAACUUCUCUUGUGCGGUGUUACUGUAACGCCAUGAUACAAAUACGUAGCCGAUGUGUGGUGGUCGUCACUUGAUGCGAAUAUUUAUCUUUCGCUGGGUCGACAUUUUCCAGGGAUUAGAGAAGCUAUCCGUUAGCUUCGAGCUAACCAGCACCCGACCGGUGGCACAGUUGAGAUCUCCCCCGCUAAAAACAUACGUAGUAAGUCAACGAGACGAGCAAAUGUGCACAUUUCUACGUAUAGAUGUAGGAGUGGUGAUUUAAGGGGGCGUUUUUAGAUGUAGCAUUCGCUAGCAUCCCUGAGACGCUGACCGUGACGUCACCUCUGUCAUAUUAACAGAACCAGAUGCUGGCUUUGCGAUAUGAUCAACGCGCAUGCGCAGUCUGACUUGUGCUGCCACAUUUGCUUGUCAGUUUGAAUUAUCUGGAGAAUGAAUGUUUUUCACUGCUGCCAUUGCAUGUUGUGGUGCAUUCUACAAAAAGGAACUAGAAUCAUCUCAACAUUUUCUUUUAGGGAAUGAAAAUGUUCCAUAACAGGGAAAAGUGUGGAAUAGGGUCUUUACUGACAUGUGGCGUGACCCUGCAAUGAGCUGAUGACUUCAUAACUACAAUACUAGCAGAGCCUGGAUGCUUAAAGCUGCCUGGACCUUCUUGCCGCUCUGAAGUCCUUCAUGCAGGAAUUUUGAAUGUUGGAGUGUCAAACAGCAUUUUUCAACAAGAGGCAGAGAAGUAGAGAAGGACACUCAAAGGUCCUCAGGAUCCUGGUCCUGCCUCGACUGGUCCAUAUGCAUACAAGACACUUGUCCAGCUGACAGCGAGCUCGUUUGUCGGACAUGAACGUGCUGGACCCCAUCAAGGCUGGAGGUCUACUUGUGUGAGCUUUCAAAGCAGGAGUAGGCCCAGCCAUGGAGGGUCUGAGGCAGCUGGACAUGGUGGGUGACAUCAGCCCGGCUCUGGAGGCCACAGAGGACUUCAUCCACUGCAUGGACGGCAUUCAAGGCCAAGGUCUGAGCCAGGGUCAGACCGGGGUCCUCCAAGACUCCAUGCAACCCAGGAAGCUCCAGGAGGUCUCAGGUGCAGCGCUGGCUAAGCUGAGCUCCAGCGGUGUUUGGAGCCUGCUGGCGGCGGAGCAACCCGAGGUGGGACCGCUAGGACUGGCGUGGGCCGAUAACCUGAGCGUCCUGGGCCUUGGCGUGGGGCUGAGGCACGGCAAGAGGAGCCGGGCGCGCUCCACCAACGACCUGGCGGCCCACGGCAAGGAGAGCAACGGCACCUCGUCCAACUGCGCCUUCAAGAAGGGACACAACCGGUCCAGGUCGGACGUCAACUACCGGCCAUCCGCCUACACGGACAACGGACUCCCCGCCGUGGAAACCGUGAAGAACAGCAACCUGCAGCACCAGCAGCAAGGUGAAAAGGGCAGCAGUAGCAGCGUUCUGAAGCAGGCCGAGAUGGAGCAUCGUGAAGGUCAGCGAGGUCGCUGGACCACAUGUCACGUGGAGCUGACGCCCUGUGAGCUCCGCCUCUACACGCUGGACAGCAGCGCCAACCGCCAGCUGGGCACCGCCUACUCGCUGUCACACUGCCAGAGCGUCAUGUCGCCGGCGCCGUGUGGCCAGGUGGGCCAGCCAGCCGACCCGCGCACGAUCCAAACCGUGUUCUUCAACAGCACGCGUGUCCAGCUGAGGGCGGGCAGCCAGUGGGAGGCCAUGGAGUGGAGGCGGCUCAUGUGGGAGAAGGUGCAGGCAGUGAGGCCUGAGAGGCAGGAGAACCGCCAGAGGAAGGCGGUGCUGGAAAAGGUCGCCACGUUUCCCGCCCCCAUGUCGCCCUCCUCGUCGCCAUCCAGGUCCGACGGCGACAGCGACACGUCGGCAGAGGCGUCACUCCGGUCUGAUGGCGGCACUUUAAGCAGACCGACCACGCUUCCUCUGUUCAGCCAACGAUGCCAGGACGUCUUUAAAGCUGGACUGCUGCACCAGCUUCUGGACCAGAACAACUGGAGGACCUUCACCUUCGUCCUGACCAGAACCGCUCUGCAGGCUUUCCCCACAGAAGGCCGCGGGUCUGUGUCGCAUCCCAUCCGCCAGUACCCACUGGCUUCCUGCCUGGGCGUGCAUCCGGACCCAGAACGGGAGGAGCCGUGGACAGACCAAGGCGACCGCUUCCGGGCGACGUUCCCCGACGAUGUGCUCCGACUCCGAGCGGACACCAAACUCAAAGCUCAGGAAUGGAUGGAGGCCAUGAGAGAGGCGGUGGAUGCGCAGCGGCCUGCGCACGUGGAGGGGAGCGCUCCGGCCCUGCAGGGGGUGCUGUUGAGAUCCCGGGAGAGGAGGCAGAGAGACGCCCAGCGAGCCAAGCGUCAGUCGGUCACCACCAGCUUCCUCAGUCUUCUCACCUGUGUGGCCGUGGAGAAAGGACUGACUGCUCAGAGCUUCAGGUGUGCAGGCUGUCAGCGUCCCGUGGGUCUGUCCAGAGGAAAGGCCAAGGUGUGCCACUACAGCGGUUGGUAUUACUGUCAGAGCUGCCACCGGGACAACACCUUCCUCAUCCCGGCACGCCUGCUGCACAACUGGGACACCAGCAAGCACAAGGUGUCCAAACAGGCCAAGGAGUUCCUGGAGUUCGUGUACGAGGAGCCCCUGCUGGACGUCCAGCAGCUCAACCCCGGUCUGUACGAGCACUGCGAGCCUCUCAGCGUGGUGCUACGUCUCCGCCAACGACUGCAGUCGUUGCGAGCGUACCUGUUCAGCUGCCGUGCCACCAUCGCAGAGGAUCUACGGCGACGAAUCUUCCCUCGAGAGUAUUUGCUCCAGCACAUUCACCUCUACUCGAUGGCUGACCUGCAGCAGGUGAUCGACGGUCAGCUGGCGCCGUUCCUGUCCAAGGUGAUAAAGUUCGCCAGCUCGCACGUGUUCAGCUGCAGUCUUUGUCGGGAGAAGGGAUUCAUCUGUGAACUCUGCCACAACGGACAGGUCAUCUACCCUUUCCAGGAAAGCGCCACCAAGAGGUGCGACGGCUGCGGCGCCGUCUUCCACGCCGAGUGCCGACAGAAGGCUCAGCCGUGUCCUCGCUGCGUGCGCAGAGAACUCCACCACAAGUGUCCGUCUUCCUUCUGGUCGCCGGACGACAACAGUCCCGGCUGCUACCAUCUGCCCUACCAGGACACCUGAGAAGCCUGAGACGCGCUGACUCGUCUUGCCAAGGGGCGGAGCUCAGCUGGGACGCUUUGGAGCGCAAACGAUGCACAAUCUUCACACACAGCGCCAUCAGGAGCGUACAAGAUGGCGGCUUUCUCUUCCCGGUCACUUUGAAACAUUGAUCCACUGGAGAGAAACAAAGAACAUUUGAUAAUGUUAUUCAUUUAUUCUGGAGGACGUUGCCCCCCCCCCCACCCCUUGCAAUGAACAGAUUAAUGACAUUUGCUGUGAAAAUAAAAAUGUUUCCUGAUCUCCCUCAAAUAUGUCAAAUUUCACCAAAGUCGGGUCUGCAACAGGACCUCAAAGAAAACAAACGCCCCCCACCCCAAAAUGUGUAGCUUCCUGAAAUUUUUAAAUUUUCUGACGAACACAAAUUCCUCGUUUAUCACGGUUAAUUGGUUCCAGAACCGAUCGUGUUUAACGAAUUUCCACGAGUCACUGUUAAUAAACGGAAUACUUUUGUACUUAGAGAAUAUACAACCUCUUUGUGACUUUAUAAAUACGAAUUUGACCAUUAAUAUAGCCAUGUAAACACGCCUCUAGUCACUUUUACACUCUAUUAUUGUGUUUACAUCACAUUGCCAGACUACGGUAUCACUGCAGGGACAUUACCGACGACGGAUGCUAGCAUUAGCAAGCUACCGAGUAAACUAGUUAGCAUCUCUAAUUUACUUACUCUAAACGUAAGAAAGUGUUUCAAACUGAAUGAGGAAGGGGGGAAAGUAAGACAAAAACGUACCACUUCCAGACGAAAUAAGAGGAGACCCCCACCCCCAACACACACUCCAUCGUGGCCGUGACAUGUCGACUGGGCUCCGCUAGCUUAAUAGCCAUACCAGUCGUCUCCAUGCAGUGUGAAAGAUAAUGUAAUCUCUUGUCAUGUCUCAUAACAUUAUGACCAGGAUAGUAUAUAUAAUUUCUCUUGUAAUAUUUAAUUAUAGACCAUAGUCAACCACGAAAUGGCCAUAAUGUGUUAAUACAUUUUAAAAAAAAACGAAAUACUAUAGGGAAGGAUCAUUGUACUGUAACGUGUGCCCCCAGUGUUCACAGGUGGUAUUACAACAUCGCAAUUUCUUAUUAUUGUUCAAUGAAAUGUAAACACUGUCAAAACACCGAACAAUUUCAAUUAAAAAAACUAAAGCUAGAAGUGGAAUUCAAACUCUCACAGUUAAGUUUGUCUAUGUAACUCUGACAUUAUCAGCUGUCCAUUGAAUGUGAGCUUUGUUAGCCGUUAGCAUCUCCACUCCAGGCUCUGUUCUGUGACGUGGACGCCAUUUUGUUUUGGUGAGGCGGGUUUAGAUUUGUAGCAUCGACCAGAAUUUGAGCCAUAAAACGUUUGAUUUUAAUUUCAAAUUCAGGGACUAAAUAUUGUUUUUUGGCCAAAAGUUGUAUUUUUGUUUGAAGUUUGUUUUCCACAGUAUUUAAUGAAGCACUGAAUCUCCACAUUUGCACUUUUCAAGUUGUUGUUUGUGGUUCUAUGGAACUUGGAACAGCGAGAUGCUCCUGUUUUCAGUUGUGAUCAUCUCCAAUAAAAACAUCUUCAAGGGAACAUGGAA